GUCAGUGUGCUACAGCGACGCAUGGCGCACGUGGCCCGUGAUCGUGCGCAGCCAGUUCGUUCACCCCGACUUUGCGAUCGAAACGUCAACUGUCAAAAAUUGACGGAAAGAACGAUCGAUUUUUGUAUUUCGAAAUAAUAAAAAAAUUUCGUGUGGUAUGGCGGCAGAUUUUUUGUAUGAAUGAUUGAAGCGCGAAAAUGCUCAAGUUCCGCGUGGAUUUGUGUUAGUGCUGUGAUGAUACGAGCAUCGGUUGUGUUGUGUACUCGAAUUGUGUUUUAGUGCUAUUGUAAUGCUGUAAUCAUGACACAUUGAUGUCGUACGAAGCUGAUAUGUCUAUAAUUAGCGAGCUGCGAUGGCUGCAAGACGACGAGCUAUUCGCUAUAUCCUUGCAAAACGAAAUCGAAGCAGCCGAAGCUUGCAAAUGGCUGAGAGCAGCUGGCUUUCCGCAAUAUGCGCAGAUGUACGAAGACCUCCAAUUCCCGAUCGACGUGUCUGGUGUGCAGAACGACCACCCGUUCCUAGACGCGGACUCUCUGCAGUCCCUGUUCCGGCGGCUGACUGCGCUCAACAGGUGCGCCAACAUGAAGCUGGAACACCACCACCAUCAGAAGAGAUCGAACGACUCUGAUGAUGAGCAGUGUGCUUUGAGCGAUAAAUGGCAAUAUGAAAGGAAGUCGAGAAGAUGGUCGAGGGUUGUGGAGAUCACACCACAAGCACAAAGGAGGCUUCAGGUCAUAGCGGCCCGAGCGCUCGCGGAGAGAGAAGCAAGGGAGGCCCGGGGGGAGAUAGAAGAUGACGAGGACGAAACCCUGCCCACCAUCAGGGUGGGGCUGGUGGACGCAGAUGGGCACUACACGGACGUUGAACCGGACUUAUUAACAGUGCCAGGUCAACAGACACACAUACAGUUACCAAGCGAUAAAGAAGAUGAAGAGGACACAGGAACUAGAUUUAGACGAACAGGAUCUGAACGAUUACGGGAUGGAGCAAAAGCUCUCCUUCGACGAGUCGAAUCUCUCAAAACGAGAAGAAGAAAACGGCAGAAUAGAACGGAGGUUAUCGUGUCGUCGCCGCAUUUUCUGGACGUGCAAGAUAAAUAUCCAGACUUGAAUUACAUAGAUAUGACGCCAACAACACCGUCGGCAUUUCCCUUCCCAGACUUUCACAGUUCGCCCUUGCAUACACCAGCUAUCAGAACCCAGCCGCCUUCACCGAUGACGAUCAUGCCACCUUCUCCUAUAGCUCCUGUAGAACAAUCUUUCGUACUCCACGCGCCGUUCGGUGACGACAGUUCUAGUUACGCAUCAGAUGGCAGCAUGGGAUCUAGCAAUAAAAGUUCUAAGUCAAAAUUAGGUAGAGCGAAGAGGAUAUUUCAUAGAGGACUCAAAAGUGACGAUUCGAGUGCGCUGAGUGACUCGGAAUGUCAACCGGCCAGUUGGAGACAUAAUUACUAUAAGGAGCAUAAUACUCAUCACACUACAGAGGUAUACGUAGAGCCGCCAUCACCAAUAGACCUUAAACCGGAUCCAGAAGUCUUACGAGAAGUCCAAAAAUCACCAGGCCAUACACCACAUCGGCGGCAAGCGAUUAGAACCAGUUCACUCAAUUUAGGAAAAGACGGACAAAAAUUUCGUGAUCGCAGUCUAAAGAGAGACAAAUCAGCGUCCAGAAGUUCAGAACUAGACAGCAGUCCAAACUCAGCUGGAUCGAGGUCUCAUGAUGGUGACCAUGACGAUGAUGACGAUAGUCUCGAUAUUAAAACUAAAAAAAACAACAUACAAAGGUGGUAUUCAUUUAGGACGAGUGCUCUCAACGGCGGACCGAAAGCAAACAACACGUUACAGCCAACGCCAAAUCAGAAAAACCCCGAAGCUUAUUUAUCACGACCUAUGUCCUCACUAUCAUGCGGUCAACUGCAUAUAUUGAGGAAACUAGCUCUAUUACGGUUAACCGCGUGUAUGGAGCGGUAUUGUCCAUCGCACAAGUCUGGAUGGAACUGGGAAUUACCGAAGUUGAUAAGGAAGAUUAAAACGCCUGAUUAUAAAGACAAAACAGUAUUCGGAGUGCCUCUUACAGUGUCGCUUCAGAGGACAGGACACUCUUUGCCCAAACCAAUACAGUGCGCAUUAAACUGGUUGAAACAAAAUGCUAUGGAUCAGAUGGGAAUAUUCCGUAAAGCGGGUGUCAAAUCUCGCAUCGCCAAGCUGCGCACAAUGGUGGAAUCAGCUGGCGCAACCAACGGCGCGUUCGCGAUCGAGAACAUCAACACGACGGAGCCGGCGCUCUGCAGCCUCAGCUUCGACGGUGCGCAGGCGCACGACGUGGCGGAUGUCGUCAAGCAGUACUUCCGGGAGCUGCCGGACGCGCUGCUCACUAAUAAGCUUAGCGAGACGUUCAUCGCGAUAUUCCAACAUGUUCCUGAACCCUUACGACCAGAUGCCGUGCAGUGCGCUUUGCUAUUGUUACCUGAAGAACACUUGGAAGCUUUGCAGUCUUUGUUAAUAUUCUUAGCAGAGGUGGCAGAACACUCAGCGGUGAACCAAAUGACGGCGUCCAACCUGGCCGUGUGCUUCGCGCCGACGCUGCUGCGGCUGCACCACGCGCCGCCCGCUGGUAGCACGAAGGAGGGCAACUCUAACCGAAUGAUAAUAGAAAGCGUAGCUGACCAGCGCCAGAUAAGCGAAAGCAGAGCGGCACACGCGUGUCUCUUACUCCUCAUACAAAAACAUGCGCAAUUAUUCUUGGCGCCCGCUGACAUGCUCGCGCGCUGCAAGUUCAACUACUUCGAGGAAAGCGUGCCCGUUGCCCUUGAAGAAUUAGGCGCAGACUUCAAUCAAGACUGGAAGGGAUUCCAACAAGCCUGCAUAAAGGCACUAUUAAAAGAAGCCAAAGAAAAAACCCGCGGUUGGAUGUCCGUGUCCGGGGCAGCCGCGCACGUGGAGCUGUGCUGCAAGAAAGUGGGCGACGGCCACCCGCUGCGCUUGUGGAGGGCCACGACUGACGUGGAGGCGCCGCCGCAGGAGGUUAUGCAGAGGAUACUCCGAGAGCGACAUAUUUGGGAUGAUUCGUUGGUGAAAUGGAGGGUAGUUGAAAAGUUAGGGCCCAAUGCAGAAGUGUUCCAGUAUAUCACAGCAUCGAGUUUCAAUUUGCCACCAAGAGAUUAUUGCGUUUUAAGAUCGUGGCAAGGCGGCGGUGGUGGCGGGGGAUGGUGCGCGGUCGCCGAGACGUCGGUCGCGCACAGCGGCGCAGAGGCGGGCGGCGCGGGGGGCGCGGGCGGCGCGAGCGCGGGGGGCGCGCGGGGUGUCGUGCUCGCCUCACGGUACCUCGCGCAGCCGGCUGGCAAGGGCCGCAGUCGGCUCGUGCACCUCGCCAGGGUUGACACUAUGGGCAGAACACCGGAAUGGUACAACAAAUGCUACGGCCACAUCUGCGCGCUGUAUCUAGCUCGUAUUCGAGCAUCCUUCAAGCACAACACAGAAGGCCCUGAAUCAAAUGUAUGAUCAAAACAUUCCACUUAAGUUUAGUCAACAUUUGACUUGACUUAAGUUUGACAUAACAAUUGUGUGUCUACAGCCUUAUAUGGCAAUCGUGUAAAAUACUUUACAUUGUGGUUUUGAUGAUAUUAUCCAUACUCAAUAAAACUUUAAAUUUGAUUUUUAUUACCUGCAGAAUGGUAAUAUAGGCAUAAGACAAUGCAUAAUAUUUUUAUCGAAAUAUACUUUUAGAGUUACAAAGUGUAUUUACCUACCUCUAUCUAUGCUCUGUUUACGUGAGACUAAUUAUUUUAACAAUGAUAAAAAAUGCCAAUACAGUAAUCAUUUUGAAGCUUAUAUAAUUAAUGGCAUAUUUUCAAGAUGUCUAAAAUUUUGUGUUGCUUGUACUAGUCAAAUAAAUAAAUACUUUUUAAUAAUGCAAUAGCUUUAAAGCUGAUAGGUAUGCAAUAUGAAGAAAAGCAUGGCAUUACCAGAAACAUGUGAACAAUUAAUUUUAUUUCUAAUUUUUAUUGGUCUUCUAAUGUAAACGGGGCAUAACUAAAGUUUAUCAAAACCCACUCAUGGGACCUACCAAAAAUCCUGACUAUUUGUAUGUUUAAUACUUUUUAGUAAAGUAUUUAAAUUCCCCUGGUGCAUAAUGUAUAUAGUUACAGAAUUAAUAUAAGCAUCACAAUUUUCAAUAUACUAUUAUAGAUGGAUGUAAUCUCAUUAUAUUUAUUAAAAGUAAAUGUUUUACCAAUCCUUAAGAAGUUAUCAUAACAUAUCGCUAGUCAUAAUAUAUCUAUGAAUUAAUAAAAACAUUAUAACACAUUAACCGUACCUGCCCUGUGUUCAGGAAAAUAUAUAGUAUUAUAUAAAAUUAUUCAUAUAUUCAAUAUUGUACUUACCACAUUGGUGGGAGCUUUCAAGAUUUUGAAAUGUAAUUGUUGAUGUUGUAUGAACGUUUAUGUAAAAAGUCUGAUUGUAAAUAGUUUAGAUAGGAAAAUGUGACCAUCACAAAAUUCUAGAUUUAUAAAAAGGUCUUUAGAGAGUGUGACUUAAUGAGUACCCAAUAUAAUAUUAUAAACUGCAAAACAACAUGUUGUGUUGGAAGUAGUUUAAUUAAAUAGAAAUAUAGUUUUGUGCAAUUUUAUGUCACAUUUUGUAAAGACAAUUUAUUUUUAUUCCUGUUGUGGAAGAAAAUGAAAGCCAAAUAUCACAAUAUUAGGUUAAGAUAAUGUUUGUAAAUAUGAUGCAAUGAUAUUUUGAUGUAGUAAUCUCAAUAAUUUAUGUGUUGUUAGUUACCUACCUGUGGAAUCACAAUUUUAAUAAAUGUUGGUGCCCAUAAGAAUAAGAUAUUUUUCCUUAAGUACUAAGUAAUGUUAUUAUUAUAAUGGAAUAUUUGUCUGCACAUUAUCUUAACAACACAAUUUAAAAUAUAAUACGUGCUUGCAGUUUACCUAAUAAAUAAGUUAUUAGUACAAGUGAAAAUAAAUGCAGCCAUACCAAAUAAUGUCCAUUGUAAAUCCAUACUUCAUUUUCAUUCCGUAUCAUUUACUUAAAUAACCAAACAAAAUAUUAAUUGAAAAUGAUUUAUAAUAUUUUUAUUCACUUUGUCAUUCCAAUUCAGAAUUAUAAUAAUUAAUGUUAAAAGUCACUUCAAUAAUUCAUAUUUUUUCACUUUUGUCAAUAGUACCUUAUGUACCCAAACAAAACAAAUAUACGUACGAAAUGUAACUUAUAAUAUAGAGAGUUGAAAAUAAUUCCAAUAAUUUGCUACUAUUCUGAAGGAGUUUUUAAAUUCAUUGUAUUUUCAAUUUUCAAAUCUUAUGUGACCGCGCAAAUUGCAAAAUUUUGUCAGAUGUCAAAAUACUUGACAUACAUUGACAAAUAAUGGCUGAUAUCUGUGGGAAAGUUGAAAUUAGUAAAUGAAACAUUAAAUCCAAUUCCCAAAUUAUAGUACCCAGCUUUUGGUGUUUUAAUAUAACAUUUUUAAAAUUAACUAUAUCAGUAUAAUUUAAAUUUGUAUAAUAUAUCAGUAGGUAUUUUACAAAAAUAUAAUUAUGUAAAUUAAUCUCAGAUUAUAUUGUACUAAUUAUUAUAUUGACUGUUAAAAUGCAAUGCAACCGCACGCAUUCGAUAUUACUGCUGGACUACAUUGAUAAUUAUUAUUCAGUCUUAAAAUACUCCAUGUUUCUAUAAUGUACGUUAUCAGUGUGUAAAAUAUUAUUAUAAACUAAUGCAUUGUGAUUUUAUUCUUUAUGAAUU